GCUGAAAAACGAUAAAAUCGCAAAAUAUGAAAGUGAUUAUGCAGCUCUUAUUAAUAUACUAAGCGAAAUGUCUUUCCAAAAUCAAGUUUUUAAUCCCCAAAUUAGUGACACCAUACAUGUAUACUUGUAUUGAACUAAUCUAUCAAAUCUCUAUGAUGCGCACAACCCAAGACUAAACUAACGUGCGCAUUAAUAACCGGCCGAAAGACGAAGAAGAUCACUCACAAGCAAAGUUUAUAUUUGUGUUGGGAGCUUCGCUUCGCUUCUUCUUCUGCCUUUUGACAAAAUAUCUCCGAUGUUGGUAAAUCACCGGUUUAGUUACCGGUUACUCUUCUUCCUCCUCGUUCUAAGCUUCGAAACGGCACAGCGUUUGGUCUCCGGUGACCCAAACGACGAGGCGUGCUUAACGAAUCUACGUCAGAGCUUAGAAGAUCCGGCGAAUAACCUCCGUAACUGGACUAAAACCUUCUUCUCGAACCCUUGCUCCGGCUUCACCUCUUCCCUUCACGGUGUCACCUGCAACAAUGGCAGAAUAUACAAACUCUCCUUGACAGACCUCUCUCUCCGUGGCUCAAUCUCUCCGUACCUCUCUAAUUGCACGAAUCUCCAAUCCCUAGAUCUGUCUUCCAACCAGAUCUCCGGCGAGAUCCCGCCGCAAUUACAGUACCUCGUAAACCUCGCUGUUCUUAACCUCUCGGCUAAUCGUCUCUCCGGUGAAAUAUCGCCGCAGCUAGCUCUCUGCGCUUACUUAAACGUCAUCGAUCUUCACGGUAACCAGCUCACCGGCCAAAUCCCGCCACAGUUGGGGACCCUCGCGAGGUUAUCAACGUUCGAUGUCUCCGACAACAAACUAUCCGGUCAGAUUCCGGCGAAUCUGGCGAUGCGAAACGGGAACUUGCCGAGGUUCAAUGCGAGCUCGUUUUCAGGGAACAAGAAAUUGUUUGGGUAUCCGUUGGAGGAGAUGAAGAACAAAGGACUGUCGAUAAUGGCAAUCGUUGGGAUUGGGCUUGGAAGUGGAAUUGCGAGCUUAGUGAUAAGCUUCACUGGAGUUUGUAUAUGGCUGAAGAUCACUGAGAAGAAGAUGGAGGAAGAAGAAGGAAAGAUUAGUCACUCCAUGCCUGAUUACUAAUCACUUUUUAUAAUUAAUUAAUUAGUUUCUAUUUUUCACUUGAAUAUCAAAAGAGCUAGAGAUACAAACUUAGAUGCCUUUGAUCAUACAUAUAUAUAGAUGAUGUUUGUUUAGUUACCUUUGGGUAUAUAUAUUAACAAAAACAUAAGAUUUUUUUA